GUAGAUCACAGCUAUUUUUUUCUGUGUAUUUUGAGCCAGUAGUAGCCGACGACGGAGACGUCGCCACUGCUUGUAGCUUGUAGUUCAAGGUGUGCUGGUGAACUGUCGAGGGGCCGACAGACAUGCGGGUGCAGUGGAGACCGGCUUGCAAGAACGACGCUACGGGGCGGGACAGGGAGUUUAUCCUCUCGAGGGCGCACUGCUGGCCACUUUCUACCGUCCGCCAAGUACGGGCACAAAGUCAUUCUGCAUGUGCACUGUAAAUUGACAAUGAUUGCCCACAAUUUGCUCAGCACAAAACGCGACAGUAACGAGCAAGAGGCUGGGAAAGCCAGUCGGACGGAGAUGCAAAUGCAGAACCCGAUGCGCGCAGAUACAGAUAUCCCGCCGCAGAUAGAGAUGCAAGUGCUGGAAUCGCAGCUACUUUAUAGGCAUGUCUCUAUAUGCGACUUGUUUGCCGGGCGGCUGUCUCAUAACUCUGGCCACUUAAGUUGUGCCACAGCCACGGCCAUUGGAGGAUCGCAAAUCAUCGCGGGCUCAGCGGAGGGGACGCGGAACGGUGGAUUGAUGGUAAUGAAGUCGUUUUGAGCCUGUCGCCGUCGUGUCUAAUUGACCACUCAAGUUAUGUAAGCAGCAGUUCCGCAACGCACAUUUCACUCGGUUCGCCCGCUCAUCAGCCCUAUAAGGAACCGCAGUAACAAAUCCAAAAAUGGUGUUUACCCACAAUCAGUGCGAAUAAGUAGCUUCGCUUGAACCCCCCAAAGCAGGUGAGUUUCCAGUUGAUCCACCGCCCCUCGGAUUGGAAACCAUCCUUAAAUGGGUGGCCUCCGCAAUGACAGAGAGUUUGUUAGGCAAUAUGCUGCACAUGUUGGGAAACACUGGCGGAAUUGGCUCCAUGAAUUCUAAAGAAAUAUUAAUAUUCAAGCAAGUUUGGAAAACAUGAAAAUUGUUUCUAAAACUACAAAUCCAUAUUUUCUCAUUAAAUCUUAAUGGAUCUCUAAGUAUUAAGUUUUAUAAUUCCCUUGAAGAUUUCUUGAACCAUUAAUUGAAAAACCACUUUCGCACUUGUAAAAAAAAAAGAACAAUAGAUUCCCGAUUUUUGGAUUUUGGAAAAACGAAGGUAUAUAAGCAUGAGUGUUUCCGGAGUAUUAGAAGAUAUUGUUACAACAAAGAAUAAAUGUAAACAAUAUUUUACAAAUCCUAACUUGUUAUACAUACUUGUUUAUUAAAAAACGAUCCCGACAGCGAAAGGAGUCUUAAAGUGUCCCAGGCGGUAGCUACGAAUAUCAAUUGCUACAAGGAAAUGUA